GCCGUGCCCACCACCACCGCCACCAUGCCGUUCGGUAACACCCACAACAAGUUCAAGCUCAACUACUCAGCGGAGGACGAGUUCCCCGACCUGACGAAGCACAACAACCACAUGGCCAAGGCACUAACCCUGGACAUCUACAAGAAGCUGCGGGACAAGGAGACCCCCAGCGGCUUCACCCUCGACGACAUCAUCCAGACCGGCGUUGACAACCCAGGGCACCCCUUUAUCAUGACUGUAGGCUGUGUGGCUGGGGAUGAGGAGAGCUAUGAAGUCUUCAAGGACCUGUUCGACCCCGUGAUCCAGGACAGGCACGGCGGGUACAAGCCCACCGACCAGCACAAGACUGACCUCAACCAUGAGAACCUCAAGGGUGGGGAUGACCUGGACCCCAACUACGUGCUGAGCAGCCGGGUGCGCACGGGCCGCAGCAUCAAGGGCUACUCGCUGCCCCCCCACUGCAGCCGCGGGGAGCGCCGUGCCGUGGAGAAGCUCUCCCUCCGCACCCUGAACAGCCUGACCGGGGAGUUCAAGGGCAAGUACUACCCACUGAAGGACAUGUCGGACCAAGAGCAGCAGCAGCUCAUCGACGACCACUUUCUCUUUGACAAGCCUGUGUCGCCCCUGCUGCUGGCCUCCGGCAUGGCCCGCGAUUGGCCUGAUGCCCGCGGCAUCUGGCACAAUGACAACAAGACCUUCCUGGUGUGGGUGAAUGAGGAGGACCACCUGCGCGUCAUCUCCAUGCAGAAGGGUGGUAACAUGAAGGAGGUCUUCCGUCGCUUCUGUGUUGGGCUCCAGAAGAUUGAGGAGGACUUCAAGAAGGCCGGGCACCCCUUCAUGUGGAACCAACAUCUGGGCUAUGUGCUGACCUGCCCGUCCAACCUGGGCACGGGCCUGCGUGGUGGCGUCCACGUCAAGCUGCCCCACCUCAGCAAGCACCCGAAGUUCGAGGAGAUCCUCAAGCGCCUGCGCCUGCAGAAGCGCGGCACUGGCGGGGUGGACACGGCGGCGGUGGGCUCUGUGUAUGACGUCUCCAAUGCAGACCGGCUGGGCUUCUCAGAGGUGGAGCAGGUGCAAAUGGUGGUGGACGGUGUCAAGCUCAUGGUGGAGAUGGAGAAGAAGCUGGAGAAGAACCAGACCAUUGACGACAUGAUCCCAGCCCAGAAGUAGGCACUGUGCCCACCCCAGCACUGCCAAUGCCCGCCCACGGGCCCAAUAAAGCCAUGAUGGCCCCAGCA